AUGACAACUACAGCCAAAACAGAUGAUAUCCCAAUUGAUACAGUGAUUUUAGAUAUUGAAGGAACAGUAUGUCCCAUAACUUUUGUUAAAGAUACGUUAUUUCCUUAUUUCAUUGAAAAAUUACCAUCAAUUUUAGAUAAAUUUCAAUAUCCAUUAUCAAACACCAGUGCUAGUUCUGAUGAUCAAGUUUUGAAUAUAUUGAAACAAUUACCAGAUAAUAUCACUAAAUCAAGCGAAUCUAUUUAUAAACAUUUUAAAAAUUUAGUUGAUCAAGAUAUUAAAGAUCCUAUUUUAAAAUCAUUACAAGGAUUAAUUUGGAAACAAGGUUAUGAAAAAAAUGAAUUACAAGCACCAAUUUAUCAAGAUUCAAUUGAAUUUAUUGAAUCAUUCCCUACAAAAAGUAGUACUAAUAACAAAAUUUAUAUUUAUUCAUCUGGUUCAAUAAAGGCCCAAAUUUUAUUAUUCGGUCACGUAAAAUCAACAACAACAACAAUAACUAAUGAAGUUAUUGAUUUAAAUCCUAAAUUGAAUGGAUAUUUUGAUAUUACUACAGCAGGAUUUAAAAAUCAAUCAAAUUCAUAUAAAAAAAUUUUACAAGAAAUAAAUAAAUCAUCGACACCUAAAUCGGUGUUAUUUUUAAGUGAUAAUAUUAAUGAAGUUAAUGCUGCUAUUGAAGCAGGGAUGAAAAGCUAUAUUGUUAUACGUCCUGGAAAUCCGCCUAUUGAUGAUGAUGAUGAUGGUAAUGAUGAUAAAAUCAACCAUAAAAUUAUUUAUUCAUUAGAUGAAUUGGAUUUAUAA